AUGGCUUUGGUAAGAAGUUUCUUGGGUGCAAAGAAGAUUAUGAGCCGCUCUGUAAGGGCUACAACACCAAAAGGGUUUCUUGCGGUGUAUGUUGGUGAGGACAAGGUCCAGAAGAAGAGAUAUAUGGUUCCUGUCGCAUACUUGAACCAGCCUUCGUUUCAAGCUCUGCUCAGUAAAUCAGAAGAAGAGUUUGGGUUUGAUCAUCCAAUGGGUGGCUUAACGAUCCCUUGUCCUGAAGAUACUUUCAUCACUGUGACCUCCGGGCUAAAGGGAAGAUGA